AUGCCCGAAGGCCAUGUCACCGGCUUCGACCUCUCUGAAGUCUUCCUAGACAAAGCUAGGCAAACCGCUGUCGAACAGAAUUGUACGAAUGCGGACUUCGUGCAGGGUGAUGUCUACAAUUUGCCGUUCGAGGACGAUACCUUCAAUGUAGUACAUACGCAUCAAGCAGUCUGCCAUUUCCACGAACAAGUCAAAGCGAUCAAGGAACUCCUUCGCGUCAUCAAGCCCGGAGGAGUUCUAUGUAUGCGUGAAGCAGAUUCUGAUACAGUACGGUUCUGGCCGCCGCAGCCCUUGCUGGACGAGUGUUUUGAGAUGAUCCGAGCUGUGCAAAGGGCUAAUGGAGGGAGUCCUGAUGCUGGGAUCAAGCUGAAGCAUUGCACUGUUGAGGCUGGAGUGCCGAGGGACAAGAUCGAGUUCACGGCGGGGGAUUUUGUGUAUCAUACUCGUGAGCAGACGGAGGCUUUUGGCAUGACAUGGCCUGGGCGAGUAACACAAGGUGCGUUAGCGGACAAGGCUGUCGAGAUGGGAUUUGCUACGAGGGAGCGACUCGAAGAGUAG